AUGAUAAAACGGUUAAUUAAAUUUUAUACUUUACAAUCAAAAUCAGAUCGUAGUGAAUUAUGUGAAAACCAAACGAAAUUACUAUAUGAUGGUGUAUACAAUUCAGAAUUAUGGGCAGAACGAAUUAUUGAUGCAUCGGCUAAACUACCCACUGGAAUCACAAAAUUUCAUGUAUCUGAUGUUGGAUACUUUGAUGAAUGCAUUAAUGUCAUCAAUGAAAGUUUGUCCAUUAAAGGGAAAUAUUGUUUAACGAGUGUUAAAAUACCCGAAAAAAAUUAUGAAAAUCAAACUUUGAUUAAAAACGAAAAGUCACCAUUUUCACUCGUUAAUUUAGUAAACCUCGAUUGGGCAAUAUGUGUACCAGAUGGUUGUACUGCAAAAGAUGUAGAAAAUCAUUUAAAUACAUUCGCAGGGAUAGAUAUAUAUAAUCUGGAUGAAUCAAGAUGUCAAACAAUAGACACAUAUAAAUCAAAAUUAAAUGCUGGCGAUUGGAUAGUCAUAGUGUUUUUAAUAAUUUUAUGCAUCAUAAUACUACUAAGCACCAUCUAUGAUGUGAUUUUGUACUACAAAAAAGAAGAAAUACAUCAUCCAGUAUUGAUAGCAUUUUCAUGGUUUACAAAUUUUAAAAAAUUAACUAAAAUAAGUAAUAACGCAGAUAUGUUGCCUUGUUUAAAUGGUAUUAGAUUUAUAAGUAUGUUAUGGAUAAUAUAUGGACAUGAGUACGAGCACAUAGUAUCUAUCCUUGCCGUUAAUAUGAUAGAUUUAUAUAAUUGGCAAAGUAAAUUUUCUUCAAUGCUCAUACUUGGUGCUUCAGUCUCCGUUGAUUCAUUCUUUCUAUUAAGUGGAUGUUUAUUAAUGUAUGGUUUUUUAAAAAUGAAAGCAAAAGGAAUGCCAUUUAAUAUACCGUUUUAUUAUUUACAUCGAUAUAUUAGAUUAACGCCAUCCUACGCUGCAGCCAUUGUAUUUUCGCUAACGUUAUAUCGAUUUAUGGGUUCUGGACCCUUAUGGGAUCCGGAAAAUACUAACGAACAAUGUAAAAAAUACUGGUGGGCUGCUCUAUUGUAUAUUCAAAAUUAUUUUCCUGGUGCCUUGGAUCCGUGUAUUGCAGUGAGUUGGUACCUGCAAAUUGAUAUGCAAUUGUAUAUAUUAGCACCAUUAAUACUUGUACCAAUCGCUAAAUGGCCAAAAAUUGCCACUCAUAUUUUAUCAUCAUUGUUGUUGGUUUCUGUUAUAAUCCCAACAACAAUCGCUUGGCAUUAUGGUUUUACUGCACUCGAAAAAAUUCAGCCCGAUGGACAUACUGACCCUGCUUUUGGGCAAAUAUAUUACAAUCAAACUUAUACACGAGCAGGCCCAUGGAUAUUAGGAUUAUUAUUGGGUCAUAUUUUAUUUAAUACCAAAAAUAAGAAAAUAGUUAUAAAUAAGGUUUUGGCUACAUUACUUUGGAUUAUUUCAAUUUCUACAAUGUUUUACAUAGUAUUUGGACUUUACAUUGAAACUAAACCUGAUUAUGAAUAUGACCGUGUAUUUAAUUCAUUAUUUAUUGGAUUAUCUCGUGUAGUUUGGUCAGCUGGAUUAUCUUGGAUUAUAUUUUGCUGUGUAAAGGGAUAUGGUGGUCCAAUCAAUUGGUUUCUAUCAUUACCCAUAUUUCAAGUUUUAGCUAGAUUAACAUAUUCAAUGUAUUUAAUACAUUUUAUACUACAAAAUAUUCGUCAAAAAUCAUUACAAAUGCCGUUUAUUUUUUCAAACAUGCAUGUUUGGUACUUAUUCUGUGGGAGCCUGACUACUACUAUGAUAAUUUCAGUGUUUUGGACACUUACUUUUGAAACACCAUUUAUGGUUUUAGAUAGUUUAUUAAUAAAAUCAAUUAGUGGUUUAUUUUCGAAAAGAAGCAGACAAAUCACGGAAUCCUAG